GUGGACGAGGAGGACCGAGUGUAUAUAUAAUACUCCCGGUUUCUUUCUCUCUCCGCCGUCUGUGAAAACCUAACCUUCGCUUAAAUCAACCAAAAACGGAGAAGAAAUUUCACUCCAGUCUAAUCAAGGGAUUUAGAAAUGUCUUAUUCUUCUUCCGGUUCUCAAGAUGAUCUUCCAGAACCAGCACCAGCUUUCAAAAUAUAUAGAAAUUACAAAGACAAGUGUGAAGAAGAUUGGGAUGGAGAGAUAUAUCCUAUCCAAUUUCCAGUACAUGCCCAUGAUUUUGAUGAUCAACCACCGCCACCUUUUAUUGUUCUCGUUCAAGGACCUCCCAAUGUUGGGAAGUCCUUGCUGAUUAAAUCUCUAUUCAAGUAUAUUACUGGUAUGGAACCUAAGGAUGAUACCCGAGGCCCCAUCAACUUCAUAACAGAUGGCUACUGCAGAAGGCUACAGUUUGUGGAAUGCCCUGAUGAUAUUAAUGCCAUGAUCGAUGUGGCAAAAUAUGCUGAUCUGGUAUUGUUAAUGGUUGAUGCAAGUUAUGGGUUUGAAGCGGAAACAUUCGAGUUUCUUAACCUUUUACAAGUGCAUGGAGUUUCAAAUGUUAUGGGUGUUCUUACACGUCUUGACAAGUUCGAAGAUGAAAAAGAAAUGAAGGGAAUCAUAGACCGUCUCCAGGAUCAUUUCAGAACUGAAAUAUGUCAACAAGCAACAGUAUCGUACCUAUCUGGACUUGAACAUGACUUGUACAAAGUGUGUGAAGUACAAAAGCUGGCAAAUGACAUAGUGAUGCUCCAAUUUAAUUCCUCGUCAUGGCCAUGGAGAGCGGGAAGUCCUUAUAUGCUUGUAGACCGUUUUGAAGAUGUUACUCCUCCAGAGGAACUGCAUAAGGAUGCAAAUUGCAAUAGAAAUUUAAGCCUGUAUGGUUAUCUUCGAGGUUGUUGUCUUAAGGGCGGAGCUAAGGUGCAUAUUGCUGGUGUUGGUGAUUUUCAUUUAGCUGGUGUUAGAUGCAUAACUGAUCCUGCCCCUUCGUCGUCUGAGUUGGAAAAGCAAAAUGAUCUUGUUGAGCUAAACCACAUGGAGCAUGAGAGUUUCAGAGCAGGGACCUAUUUAAGGUUGGACGUUCAUAGCGUUCCUUUCAAGAUGGUUGAAAAUCUUGAUCCUUGUCGUCCGAUUCUCGUUGGAGGUAUCAAUCCUGAAGAAGAAAAUGUUUGUGAUAUGCAGGCGAGACUUAAGCGACAUAAGUGGCAUAUGAAACUGUUGAAGUCAGCAGACACAGUCACCGUGUCAGCUGGUUGGAGACGUUACCAGACCACACCUAUUUAUGCCACAGAAGUCCACCAUGGACGGCAUGAAUUUCUCGAUUUCAAUGAGGAGCAUGAGCACUGCCUUGCGAUGUUUAGUGGCCCUGUUGCACCUACCGGUACCAGAAUUGCUGUUGUGCAGAGUAAUAAGGACUUGUUUCGGAUAGCAGCAAAGGCAGUCAUUCUUGACCCUAAGCAUCAACAACAACAACAACCGAGCCUUGACCCUAAUCACCACUCAAAGAUAAUGAAGGACAGCAAGCAGAAAGGAAAACCCCAGAAAAUCCUUUAUGGGAGGACUAUUCUCCAUAGAAUCCUUAAGAGGAGGACUGCUCCUACGAAGUUUGAAUCAGAGAACAGUGAUGUUGCUGAAUUUAAAGGUUCACCUAUCUGGACUAGGAGUGGAAUUCUGGGGAAGGUGAAAAAAAGAAAGCGGAUUGCUACUGCUCCUGUUAACGAAGAUUUGCUCGGAAAGGAAGACCCUGCUCCGAGACAGCGACGUCGUGUGGAGAUUAGCGAUGAGGCACCUUCCUCAUAUCCAUGUUCAAGUUAUUUUAUGUUGCUCGGUAAUAGCAUGGAUGAAGACAAAGCGAAGGAAACUGUGGUGAUCAUGUCGGAGGAAAAACGAGCAGAAUUGGUCAAAAAACAGCAGACAGAGAAGUAUGAGAGAGCAGAAGAGAAGUUCUUUGGUGGUGUUUAUGUAUUAACUUGUUAACGGUCUCAAGUUUAAAGAAUGAUCAACGAAUUUAACAAGCUCUUACAAGUGAAUAUGGAACCAUGGGAUUUGAUUUAUUAGUCUUGUCCUCUUAAUUAAAGUUCCUUUCAGUUUGUCGUUGUAUGUACAAGAGCACAGCGUGUUUAGUAGUCAACAUAAAUUAUAACCUCCUUAUAUAAAUUGAUAUUUUCAUAUGUAUUUGAAAUAA